UGUGAAUAAUUUGAAGUCCACCCAUUUUGCCACCUGUAAUGGCCAUCUCUAUCUUCUCUCAGGAUGUUGGUAAGACUGCAGGGUUGCUCUUUAUUAGAAGGUGUUUGCUCUAGCAGCGCCCAAAUCUUCAAGUGAUUUGAAAAGACUUUAGAAAGAGUAGAAUGUUUUUGACAAAAAAUAAAAUGGAGUGUGAUUCUAUUCCUGUGAAUAGAAAGUUAUGUAAACUAGGCACGCUGUUCAUUCAUGCAAAGUGCAGUUCCUUUUGUGAUCACUAAGUGGUGAGGUUCAGCCGUGAAGAUUUCAUCAUAAGGAUCUUCAAGUUUCUUGAAGUUCUUCUGUCAAUGUUUUGUUUCAAAAUCAUAAUAGAGCUAACAUAAGUACACCAGCAAAGCCUGGAGAGCAUCUCCACAUCCCUGUAGAAAUCACUGUCAUCCUGCCAGGAGACUUUGAUGCAAAAGGAUAUAGUUCCAGUAAAUCUUCAGUGUUUUUCAGUUUUGUAGGUUCUGAGGGUUAAGAUUAGAAAUUAGGUAUUUGCUUGUAAAUUGGAAGUGUCUAUUUCAAAGCUGUCAGUUUACCCCUCUGACAUGGUCCAGGGUCUUGCUUCAUAUCUUAUUGGAGCUAUCUCCUGUACAAUAGCUGUAGAAUGGUCUGGAAAAUCUCACAGGAAACAUAUUUCACAGAUUUCAUGUUCUUGCUUCGUUUGAUUAGGUCAAAAUGCUCUUCCAGAAAUACCGAGGUAGAAUAAGACAAUGGAAAUAACUCUAGGAAAGGAAAACACAGUGAUAUACCUCAAAAGGGGAAUACUGUGGUGUGAGGCAGUCCCAGUUUGCCGAAUGAGAUGACUGAAUCACUGUGCCUACUCAAAAGUGUGUCCAAAAUGUUUCUUAAGCAUAAUGGGAAUACCAAAACUCCAGCUAUUUUUUUUUUUUUAAGGUAAUUAAUUACCACUUGAAAGGAGGAACUGUGUGUGUGAACAUGCUUAAGAAGUUUUUGUUGUGUUUUGGCUUGGGUCUGUUGGUUUUUCCCAAGCCACCCAUAUGAUUGAAGGUUAGCCUGCACGGCAAUUCAGAUAAAUGAUAAACAAAAACAUUUCUAAUGCAGUCACAGUUGUCAGAAUUGUCAGUGUCAUCAUCAUUUACAAAAACAUAAGCCACCUAAUCAGAGAACAGAAACAUGAGACUGAGCAUGCCAGUAACAGUUUGAUUAGCAAAUGAGGUCUUGCUGACUGAGUUGAUGAAGGAUGCAGAAGUGACCCAUGGGACAAGAUUUGUAUUGGUUUUGGCAACGUGAUCCCUGCUGUCAGAAAAAGAGAAGCAUAGAGAUAGACAUGACAAAGCAAAAAUGGCUCAAAAACAGUGACUCAGAGCAGCCUGGUGAGCCACCUCAACCUGUGCCCAGAGGUCUUGAGGCACUAGCAGGUCCUGGUGCUCCAGUGUGCAUGCAGACCCCAGGCUGCUAUUCCUCCUGGAGUGGCCAUUCCUCCUACUCUGCACUUGGUGCUGGCUCCAGGACCACCCAGCUGUCACCCAGACACAUAGCCAGGGUAGAGAUCUGGGCUUUACUUUAAGCCCUUGACAAAACCUCAUAAGAAAGGUGCUUCUGAAAAACCCAGCCUUGUAAACCCUGUCUCUCUGGUGGUCUGACUGGGAAACCUAGGUUUCCAGCUCUGACACUUGUCAGAAUUUUUGUUAUUCAGCUGAGUGCACGUGAACCAGGAAGAGUUUAUGAGGCACUUGUUACUGUAUUUGAAGACGGGAAUGUCCCCAGAGAGAGCGAGGCAUAUAAAAAAGGGGAAGCCGUGGUGCAAUGGAUCAGUCAGUUGCUCGUUGGUACUGGGGACGCAGCUGGGAUGAUGGCCACUUGCAUGCUCCUGUCCAGCCUUUGGGCCCUCGCCUCAGGCUCUGUGCAGGUGAUGCACAAAAAGGUGCAGUCGGUCCAGGCAGGCGGAAAUAUUACUUUCUCAUGCCAGUCAGUCAUGAACGAAGACGUAAUACAAGUGACCUGGCAGAAGGAGAUGGAUGGGGCUGAAGACAACAUAGCAACUUACAGUACAAUGAAUGGCCAAAAGAUAGCAAAGGACUACGAAGGCCAUGUGAGCUUUGCCCACAGCAGCCUGCAAGCCUCGGCCAUCUCCCUUCACCGAGUCACCCUGCAAGAUGAAGGAUGCUACAAGUGCAUCUUCAACACCUUUCCCUCGGGAGCUGUCACUGGCAGGAUGUGCCUCAAGGUUUACGCCAUCUCAGACCCUAAAGUGGAAGCCAAACUUAUACCCAGUCCUGACAAAGCUGAAGUCUCUGAGGUAGUGGUGGGGAUGAGCUGCUCAGCAACAGGGAAGCCAGCUCCAAAAAUCACCUGGCAACUUCCCAGCACUCUGCUGCAGAAACCAAAGGAGUACCACAUCAAGCUCAGUAACCAGACCAUCACUGUCAUCAGCAACUUCACCCAUGCCCACUCCAAAAUCCUCAAGGAGUACCCCAUUGCCUGUGUGGUCCAGCACCCAUCUCUAAAUGUGACCCUGUCCCUGCCCAUGGACAAUCUAACACAAGGUCAGGACAGUAUCAGUGUACCAACCGUGGCCAUUGCUGUGGGGGUGCUGGUCCCUCUGAUGUUCCUUCUCCUCUUCGUGUUGCUCCUUUGCUGCUGCCUGAGACACCUUCAUGAUCCAGAGAGAAACACAGCCUGGCCUUGCUGGGUCCUUGCUGUAUGUGCCAAGGAGAGAGCAUGUGGACAGUACAUGCUUACUGGCAAGCAGGCUACUACUGCAGUGCCCAACACAUGAGCUCCUGCAUGCCCUACAUGUGGACAUCUUGGACUGUCGUGCAGACCUGCUGUGAUAUCACACCAAAGGAAAUAGAGGGGGAAAAAAAGAACAUUCCAUAAUACAUAUUUAUUUUCUUAAACAACUUCAUUCCGUUUUGUAGAAGAAAAGCUGUGAAUUAUUUAUUUAAGACUCUAAGACUGUUGGCUGUGUGGGUCUGUAAUGCAACUUGUGGUUGGCAUUUUCUAUGCUGUAUUUAUUAUUUUCCCAUAUUUCAACAUCCCAGGUCCAAGCGGAGUGAGGGUUUUCUGAGGCAGUGUGGUAUUUUGUGGAACAGUGAUUUAGGAGGUGCUGCUCUGGGUAGAGGGAAGCAGCAAGUGUGUGGAACUGCUGACAUUACUGAGAGCUGCCAGGAACCUUCUCCCCAGCAGACAUGGGAGAUGGAGCAUGUCUGCAGCUGGAUCAGACUUGUAACCCUGGCGGCAGGCUCCAAGCCAUCAGAUACAAGGAAGUUACCACCCUUUCCUAGAAAGUUAUUUAAAGGCAAAGAGAAGUUUACUUCUCCUUCAAUGGUUUCCACGGCCAUUUCCUUAACCUAACAUGGUUGCCUCCUGUUUCCACAUAAUCACACCUGCCUGGGGGGAAGAGGUGGGGGAAUUUAAGGAGUGUUCGGAAGGUAUUAGGCAGAGCAGUCCUCCCUUUACUCCUGUCCUCUUGGCUUCAUGCAGCAAGUGUAUGCUAUCUGGUUUUCCCUUGCACAUCUACUUCAUGUGUACUUCCCGGAUGAAGCAGGUUGUGUGGAGGCCGAAAAGCUGAGUCAAGUGAAAUGAAAGAGAGUGGGUGAGCUGAGAAUGAACAAACCCACUUCUUGUCAUAAAAAGCUUUUAUAGAAUCCCUAAUGCUUAGUAAUAGCUGAUCUGAUGAUUGCAAGGAAAGGGGAACCAGUUACAGACCAGCAGCUCUUGCAAUUGGGAAUUUUUCUCUUGAACCCCGUAACUGUCAAAGGAGGAAACCUGAUUUUUUUCAAACUUCCCCACAGCUGCAAUUUAAGUUUCCUCCACACCUGUAUGGGAAGGGGCAAGGGAGUGAAGCAGACCUUCCCCAGGAGUAUUUUGAAUCCAAUGAGUUGCAGGCAAAGGAGCACUGCUCCAGGGUUCUUGGCUGUGUCAUGUCAGAUCUCUCUGCUCAAUAAGGUCCACACUUGGCCUUCAGGUGUUGGGUUGUUUUUUUCUAAGAAUUGUUAAGAUUGUUUUUAAGAAAGGAUACUACAAACGUUUGGACUACUGGGCUUUUCUUUUUUUUUCUUUUUAAUAAAAUAAA